AUGCCGACGGCGGAACUGGUUUUCGUCCCCACCUCGGGAGUCGGCCAUCUCGUCUCCACCAUCAAAUUCAUCACUCAAUUCCUUAACCGCGACCCUCGAUUCACCGCCACCAUUCUCGUCUUCAAAUACCCAUUCGCACCCACCACCACCGACGGAAUCUCCGAUCCUCCGCCGUCUAACCCCGCCUUCACUCCGACCACGCCGCGUAUUCGGAUCAUCCAUCUACCCCUUCCAUCCGAUCCUCCUUCUCCCAAAAUCUUAUCCAAGUCCUUCGAACAUUACUACUCUCUCUAUAUCGCGAGCUACAAGACCCUGGUUAAAAACGCCAUAAUUGACCUUGCCGUUCCGGUUGUUGGGUUGGUUGUUGAUCUUUUCUGUACUCCCAUGAUCGAUGUGGGUAAUGAACUUGGCAUCAAUACGUACGUCUUCUUCACUUCCUGUGCUGGAUUUCUCGGGUCCAUGUUUCAUCUUGAAACCCGCGAUCGAUGUGUCGGUGUGGAAUUCGACAAAUCGGGAGCUGAUAUGAUAAUUCCGGGUUACGCUAACCCAGUUCCGACGAGUGUUUUGCCUCGUUAUUCGUUUAACCGCUACGGAUUCGAGUCCAUGGCGAUUCACGCUCGAAAGUUCAAGGAAGCGAAAGGAAUCAUCGUCAAUACCUUCGCUGAGCUUGAACCUUAUGCUUUCAGUUCAUCCUCUGAAGACGGAAUCCCUCCGAUUUAUCCGGUGGGGCCGGUGCUGGACCUGGAAAGCGUAAAUAGGCCAACACCAAAUGAAAAUCAGAGCAGUGAAAUUAGGGUUUGGCUCGAUAAUCAGCCACCGUCAUCAGUGGUGUUCUUGUGUUUUGGUAGUCGGGGAUGUUUCAGCCAACCCCAAGUAGUGGAAAUAGCAAACGGUCUUGAAAGUAGCGGAGUGAGGUUCCUCUGGUCCUUGCGCCGGCCACCGCCGCCGCACAAGAAAUUUGAAUCACCAUCGGAUUAUGCCGAUCCCGACGAUGUCUUGCCGGAGGGAUUCCAGGAGAGGGUUAAAGGGAAAGGAAAAGUCUGUGGGUGGGUUCGGCAAGUAGAUGUUUUAGCCCACAAAGCCAUUGGAGGCUUCGUUUCACACUGCGGAUGGAACUCUGUUUUGGAAAGCAUUUGGUAUGCGGUGCCGCUCGUGACUUGGCCGCAGUAUGCUGAGCAACAGUUAAACGCUUUCAAGCUGGUUAGAGAAUUAGGAAUAGCAGUGGAGUUGACGAUGGAUUACCACAGGGAAGCUGAAUCCCUGGUGACUGCAGAUAAGAUUGAGAGAGCUGUUCAUCGUUUGAUGGACGGCGAUGAAGCAGGGGAGGUGAGGAAGAGAAUGGAAGAAAUUAGUAAGAAAAGUAGAGAAGCUCUUGUUCCCGGUGGUUCCUCUUACACUUCAUUUGGGAAUUUGAUUGAUGAUAUGUUGGCUAGUUCUGUUUAGUAUCUUAUAUCUUAUUAUCUGAUUCUGAUCUGAUAUCUAUGUUUUGAGUCUGCUUUUUCAUGAUAAUCUAUCAAUCUAUGGAACCAAUCAUGGAAAAUAAGAAUUGGAAUUGAUUCAUAGAGAGAAUAAAGCUAAUUACAUA